UUCUCGAUAGGUAACCAAAGUAAAUAUAAUAAAAAUGUAAUAUCAGGUGAGUCGAAAUAAAAUAGAAUCAUGUACCGUCGAUAAGGAAGAACUCGAUAAAAUUUCAAACUACCGAUAGAAACCUAACCUCUAAUUUUUUUUUUUAUCCUCAUCUUACCUCACGUCUCCUGUAAGGUAUCACGAUACCUUUAGGGGGUGAGAGGUGGGGGGUGGGGGUUGAAGAAACAUCGACGAAAGAGAAAGAUAAAUGGACAUGCCGAAAGUGCAAGUAGAGUAACUCGAUAAUAAAAAAAAAAAAAACGUUUGUAAAUCGUUCGAACGAUAAAAUAUACAGCUUACGUAAUGUGGAACGAUCAUUAUUAAUAAUAACAACGAUAAGAUUAGUCCGAGGGUCUUUCACCGGGGUCACGCGUCAUGCGUCGUCGUGGUCAACGUUAUUGUUGCUACUGUUACUACUGCUGCUGCUAUUAUUGCUGUUAUUGUUGUUGUUGUUGUUAUUGUUAAAAGAGAUAAAGAAAGAUAGGAUAAAUAGCGCGUAACAACGAUGCCACGUUGUAAAUAAGAGGUUGGAAACGGAAAACGUAAGCGAACCGAAGUUAGUUUCGCGAACGGUUAAAGCCAAUGCGGUUAUAGGAGAAGACGUAUGUGUUUGAAGGCUGUUGUGGUCGAUGACGAUCUUGGUAUUCUACAUGAAACCAGUGUUCAAUUCGAUAAUGAUCUACCAGAAUUUAGAACGUACGGAGGUGUCGUGCAAAAAAAAUAUGAGUCCCACGUAGUAGUGGCACCAACUUUAAUGUGGGUCAAAGCUUUAGAUAUGAUCUUAGAUAAAUUAAGAGUUUGCGGAGUUGAUUUUAGUAAAGUUGCUGCUAUUUCCGGAUGUGCUCAACAACACGGUACAGUUUAUUGGGGUAAAGGUAGUCAAAAUCUUUUGCAAAAUUUAGAACCAAGUAAAUUUUUACACGAACAAUUUGCAACGUCCUUUUCGAUAACACAGUCACCUGUUUGGAUGGAUUCCAGUACAACUAAUGAAUGUCGUAUUUUGGAAACGAUCGCUGGUGAUCCUAAAAAAUUAGCAGAAAUAACAGGGUCCCGAGCAUAUGAAAGAUUUUCAGGACCACAAAUAGCAAAGAUUUCACGAACAAGGCCAGAAGCUUACAGUAAUACCGAGAGAAUUUCAUUGAUCAGUAGUUUUCUUGCAUCACUUUUCUUGGGUGAUUUUGCACCGAUCGAUUGGUCAGAUGGUUCUGGAAUGAAUCUUCUAAAUAUUCGUACGAAAGAUUGGGACGAUGAUUUACUAGAGAUUUGCGCACCGGAUUUAAGAAAAAAAUUGGGCAAACCGAUUUCUUCCUACAAUAAUAUCGGUCCGAUAUCACCUUACUUUGUUGAAAGAUUUGGCUUCAAUGAGACUUGCAGGAUAAUUGCAUUUACGGGAGAUAAUCCAGGUUCUUUGGUAGGAAUGAGAUUAAAAAAAGGGGACAUCGCAUGCAGUUUAGGAACAAGCGAUACUUUAUUUUUAUGGUUGAACGAGCCCAAAACUGUUAUUGAUGGUCAUAUUCUUUGCAAUCCUAUUGAAGAUGACGCAUAUAUGGCAUUACUUUGUUUUAAAAAUGGAUCAUUGACUAGAGAAAGGAUACGUGAUAGUGCUGCGGAAGGUUCAUGGCAAAUAUUUAACGAAUUAUUAGAAAGUACGCCGCGAGGAAAUUUUGGAAAUUUUGCUCUGUAUUUCGACGCACAAGAAAUUUUACCAUCUGUAAUAGGUGAUUACAGAUUUAAUAAAGCAAAUGAUGAAAUUAAUCGAUACAGUUCGAAAGAAGUCGAAGUUCGAGCAUUAAUCGAAGGCCAAUUUGUCGCUAAAAGAGCUUACGCUGAAGAUUUUGGUUUUGUUAUUGGUCCCAAUACACGAAUAAUAGCGACAGGUGGUGCAUCUGCUAAUAAAACUAUACUACAAGUACUUGCUGAUGUCUUUAAUUCACCUGUUUAUAUUUCGGAAGUAACAAAUUCAGCAAUGAUGGGUGCAGCGUAUCAAGCAAAACACGGUUUGCUAAGAAACGAAUGUAACUUUGAAGAAAUAACAGCAUGUUUACCAGAACCAAAACUUGUCUGUCGACCGUACGACGAUGCCGAAUCUAUAUAUCGACCGAUGACGCAACGUUAUCGAAAGUUAGUUGAAAGAAUAAUGAAAAAAAAUCUAUCUCAACAGUCAGAUAAGUGAUAAUGAAUUAUUACAGGAAAUGAUUAAUUAUAUGCAUCAAUGGCAUAUAGAAAUCCAUUUAGCUAAUUAACUUUUAACCAAUUCCAUUAUUUUAUAUCGUGAAAUGCAUAUCAUUGUGUUUCUUAUAUACAGGAUAUUUCAAAGUAUACGAGUAUAAUUACAAAAAUGUUUUCAAUAUUCUAAAAUGGGG